AUGCCGGAGGAGGCCGAACGGGAGAAAUUAGCCGAAGUCAUCAGACAUUGGAACAACAACAGACUGGACUUGUUUGAAAUAAGUCGACCUGAUGAGAACUUGGAGUUUCAUGCAGUGAUGCGCUUCUACUUUGAGGAUGGUGCUGGAGGAAAUGUGGCCACUAAGUGCCUACGUGUCUGCAGCAACUCUUCAACUCAAGAGGCUGUCGAAACUCUGUCAGAGAAGUUCAGGCCUGACAUGAAAAUGCUGACUACUACUUAUUCCCUGUAUGAGAUCCAUGCCAAUAAAGAACGUAAACUGGAUCUGGACGAGAGACCUUUGGUUGUACAGUUAAACUGGAACACAGACAACAGAGAAGGACGUUUUGUGCUGAAGAGAGACAAGGAGAGUUCGGAGGAACACUGUCACGAGAAGGAAAAGGGAGGCGUGAUCCAAAGCUUCAAGAGGACACUGUCAAGAAAAGAGAAGAAGAAAGAGACUAAAGCAACUGACAAGAUGUCAGAUGAUGAGAAUGGGUCAACUGAAAAGCUACUGAACAGCAGCAGCACUCGUGUGUCUGACCAUGAGGAGAAAAAGAGCUGCACAGAAAACAAAAAGCAACAGAGGCAAACCGCCGCGGGAGGAAAGCACACAGAAAAUCUUUAUCCGGAUUUGUCCGAUCAACCUGGAUUACCAAUUGGAAUUAAAUUCUGUGAUAUCUCUGAGGAAGCCUUCCUAUCUGCAGUCAUGAAUUACACCAACAGCUCCACAGUUCAUUUCAAGCUCUCACCUGCAUACAUCCUCUAUGCUGUGGGACGCUAUGCGCUGCAACGCCAUCACAGGCGAGGCACGUCCCUCUGUGGUCACAGUGUUACUUCGACUGCCAGCAAAAUGGUGGCCAUGACAUCGAAGGUCAUCCAGAGGCAGCAGGCCAUCGCCAGUGCUCUCGCCUUCUGGAUGGCCAACUCCUCCGAGUUGCUGAACUUCCUCAAGCGCGACAAAGACCUCAGCUCGCUAACGCGGCAAAGUCAGCUGGAUCUGUCCCACCUGGUGCACAAAGCUUACAGUUGCCUGCUACAGUGUCUUCAGAAUGACUUAAGGAAGCACUUGCCAACUUUUUUGAUUGAUCCUGAGCAACAUGGCGCACUGCCAGCUGGUAUAGAGAUGGUGCUGAACACCUUGAUGAACACCAUGUCUCUUCUGCGCCGCUGUCGGGUCAACCCUGCCCUCACCAUUCAGCUCUUCUCCCAACUCUUCCAUUUCAUCAGUGUCUGGCUCUUCAACCAGCUCAUGACCCCAGAGGCCAACACUCCAGGCCUGCGCUCCCACUACUGGGGAGCCGCUCUCCGCCAGAGGCUCGUGGCCAUCGAAGCCUGGGCGGAGAGGCAGGGCCUGGAGCUGGCUGCUGACUGCCACCUCGGACACAUCAUCCAGGCAACCAUGCUCCUGACCAUGAACAAGUACUCGAUGCAAGACGCGAAGGCCGUCCACAAUACCUGUUUCAAGAUGAACUCACUGCAGCUGCAGACGUUGCUAACCGGCUACCUCUAUGCAACCAGUGAACCUCGCAUUCCAGCUGAUUUGAUCGAUGCCGUAGUGACGGCUGCGAAGGCCUCAGCAGAUAACCUGAUUCGGAGCGAAGGACGGGACGUCCAGCUGGAAGAGAGCCUCAGCCUACAUCUGCCUUUCCUGCUGCCGGAGGGAGGAUACUCCUGUGACACUGUGAGAGGAAUCCCGCUGGGGUUUAGGGAAUUCUUGGAGCCAAUUUGCCGUAAAGGACUCUGCUCUCUGACAUCCCAGCCAAACUCUAAAGGUGACUGGACCGUGUACUUCAGUGAACCAACUUCCUCUGCAGAGAGCACAUGUUUGGCAGCACACAGAGAGCCAGACAUUGUGACUAUCACACUGAACAAACCUCUGAACAGUGGGAUGGGGGUCAGCAUUGUGGCUGCAAAGGGAGCAGGGCAAGAAAACCUUGGGAUUUAUAUCAAAUCCAUUGUCAAGGGAGGACCAGCCGAGAUGAAUGGCAGGUUAACAGCUGGGGACCAGCUGCUGAGUGUGGAUGGUCAAAGCGUGGUCGGCCUCAGCCAAGAAAGGGCAGCAGCGAUCAUGAUGCAAACCGGCCCCGUUGUGACCUUACAGGUUGCAAAGUUUGGAGCGAGCUACCACGGCCUGGGAGCUCUGCUGACUGAACCGGCAUCAGAGAGGACAACAGGUGAAAACACCAUAAAACUUCAACCAUCAGUUGUGGAUCCUGGUCCGUCAGAACGGCUCCAUGGAGGCAGCAAAAGGUCGAAACACCAGAUAAUGCAGAGAAACAGACAACUGUAUCGCUCCAACCCCAACAUGAACACGUGUUUUCCCCCCGAGGAUGGAGAUGAACCUGUCGACGCUGUUGUGACAGCGAACAACAUGGCUGCUGUCUCCAGUGUCAACCUCUGUGCUGAUACAGUUCACAGGGAAUACUUGACACUUCCGACCCCUAAAUCCCAGGACAAGAACGUGUCUGAAGCCAGUCGACCACAGCACACAUUGAAAGUGUCUAUGAGGCCUUUAGAUGGACAGUACUCCAGUAAGAGGACCUUCAUGCGCCAAGCUCUGUCCCAGGAGGACUUGUGUGUGGACAGCGGAGGCCCCCUGCUGGACAAAAGGCAGAACUUGUGGGAGCAGAAGGAGCAGCGUGCAAAGCAAACCAUGAGCCACUACUCAUCUUUCCCAAUUCGCUCAAGUGUUUCUAGUCACGACAUCCUCUCAGAUUAUUGUUCUCCUACAAAACAGCAGCAGGGCAGCCGCACAAGUGGCUCUGGGGUCUGGAGAACUCCUUUCUCGCAACAUCCAACACCAACGCCUUCCAACCAGCCCAUACGCAUCGACAUCCCUGUAACCAGAGCGGUGAACUCACACACAUGUCCUCUCACCACCUUCCAGAGUUCAUCUUUGCUGGCGGCGAGGAUGAGCCAAACCCUGAAAGUACAUGGAUAUAAAAACAGAGCGGAUCAUAUUUACGCAUGUCCCAUUGCUGCAAUCAAGAAGCUGCCUCAUCCCUCGCUCUCCUUACAGCAGCAGAGGUCCACCACUCACAUGGGUCAGGCUGCAAAACCCCAGGUGAGCAUCACUCCGACAAAACAUGUCUCCUUCCAAGAACCCCCCACUCAGCAGAAGCAGAGCUCGGGUCCUACGAAGCCGAAAGAACCCCAGGAGCGGUCCGACCCGUGGAGGAGGGAGGCCCAGGAGACGCUGGAGAAGCAGCAGAGGCUCCGUGCGGUGGAGCUCCUGGAGCGGGAGGUGCAGGAGCUCCAGGGCAAAGCGAGGUGCACGGUGGAGGAGAGCGACCGGCUCCGAAGGCUCAGCCUGGAGUGUCAGUUUCAGAAGAGGCUGCAGGAGGUUCAGCAGAGAGGAGAGGAUGAGGAGGAUGAGGAGGAAGAUGAGGAUUUGGACAUGAUGGUGACAAUACAGCAGCUGGAGAACAGAGCACAGAACAAGAGAAGCUCUGCUGGGAACGUCAACACUGAAUUGAAAGAGUUUGAAAAGCCGGCAGAGACAAAGGCACAGACAGAUCAAAGACAGAGUGGACGGAGUCAAGACUUUAACAACAUGUCAUCAAAAGAGUGAGUUUAAAGUGUAAAACAUUGAAAUUCAAUCAAAUCUAAUCUAUAGUGACUUGUGCAAGCUUCUUAAUUACAU